AUGGGCGUGAGGAAGUCCGAGGGGACGGACGCCUGCCAGGUAGGGGCGUGGGUGCUCCGGCGGACGGCGGCCCCGGCGCUCGCUGCCCCCCACCCCCGCGGCCCCGGACCAGCCAGCGCCCGCGUGCCAGCCGGGCUGACCCCGGGCCUCGCUGCCCGCGCCGGCGUCCCGGGCCGGAUGUCCGCGGGGUCCCCGUGGGUGAGGGGCGCCCGACCCGCCGGCCGACCGCAUUUCGGGCGGGCCCUCGGGGGCCCGGGCGGAAGUGAGCGCGGCCCGGCGCUGCCCGCGGGAGGAAGGGUAAACACGGGGUGCGGGCGUCGCGAUAAGGAGCAGCGGCUCCGGCGACGCCCCGCGCGGGCCGGGCGGCGCCGACGCGCACCUGCGGGGGCCGGCGGCGUGGCGGGCCGCGGCUGGCGGGACGUCUGCGGUCCCCCGGGGCGGGCCUCGGCUGGCGGGAAGUCUGCGGUCCCCCGGGGCGGGCCGCGGCUGGCGGGAAGUCUGCGGUCCCCCGGGGAGUGGGGACUUCGCGCGAAGUCUGCGGUUCCCUGGGGCGGGCCGGGGUUCGCGGGAAGUCUGCGGUUCCGCGCGACUGGAGCUCGAUCCCAGGCCCGGGCACUGGGGGUUCCCAUUCCCCCCAAGGGAGCCCGGGGCGCGGGCGCCGCCCGGCUCCUCCGCGCCGGCGCUCGGCCGCCUGAGCCACGGCCGCGGCUGCCGCCUUCGCCGCCUCCGGGGCUUUCCCGCCGCGCUCAGCCUCCCGAGUCGCCGCGGUGGGGGCCCGGGGGUCCCGCGGGCCGCGCCCCGUCACCCUCUCUGCAGCCCCAGGGCUUCUGCCUGCGCGGCGCCCCGCGCGCGCGCUCGGCCGGCGCGGUGAACGUGAGCCUCUACUACGAGUCGCUGUGCGGGGGCUGCCGCGGGUUCCUGGUGCGCGGCCUCUUCCCGACCUGGCUGAUGGUGCUGGAGAUCCUCAACGUCACGCUGGUGCCCUACGGGAACGCGCGGGAGCGCAACGUGAGCGGCUCGUGGGAGUUCGAGUGCCAGCACGGGGAGCGCGAGUGCGCGCUGAACAAGGUGGAGGCCUGCGUGCUGGACCUGCUGCCCCCCGACCCCGCCUUCCUGACUGUGGUGUGUCUGGAGGAGAUGGAUGACAUGGAGAAAAACCUCAGACCGUGUCUGGAGCUGUACGCCCCGAAGGUGAGCCCCGAGCAGGUCCUGGCGUGCGCCUCCGGGGAGCAGGGCACGCACCUCAUGCACCGCAACGCGCAGCUCACCGACGCCCUGCAGCCCCCGCACCAGUAUGUGCCGUGGGUCGUCGUGGACGGGAAGCCUCUGAAGGACCUGAGCCAGCUCCUGAGCGUGGUGUGCCAGCUGUACCAGGGCACACCCAAGCCCGACGUGUGCUCUGCCGUGCCCCGCGCCCCCAGAGACGUGCCCCGCGCCCCUAGAGACGUCUGCCGCAAGUGACCACUCCUACACGGCCCUCAAAACCCACCCCGGGAAACCCCACCACCAGAGCCAGGGCCCCGCCUCUCAGAGAACAAACGGUGCUAAAUGUAUGCUCCGAGGAACCUGGGA